AUGAACAAUCCUCUCUUAGCUCUCCAGAGUCAAUAUGCUGCCGUGCGAGAUUACAUGUCUCCAGUAUUGAAGGAAAGUAAAUUCAAGGAACAUGGACGUAUAACACCUGAGGAAUUCAUUCUAGCAGGUGAUUUCUUAGCAUACAAAUUCCCAGUUUGGCAAUGGGAACAAGGAACUAUCCAACGUGAUUUUUUACCUAAAGAGAAACAAUACCUAAUUUGUAGGAAUGUACCUUCUCUUCGAAGAGCUGCCGCGUUGGAUUAUACGGAUCAAGAUGAAGAUGCUGAGAAACUCUUAAGCUUUAUGGAUGAGACUGACGAGGACAAACCGAAGGGAGAUGACGAUGAUUGGGUGGCCACUCAUAUCGGAAGGGCCCCUCAAGCUCCACCUAAAGAUAUGGACGAAAUCCCCGACAUAUCCGACUCACCCGUCUUGUCAGGAUCUAACCCUCAGCCACCUACCUCAUCAUUAGCGGGACUCAGCUUAGAUUCCAAAGAGAAGGAGAAAGAGAAGGAAGGUCCGUUGGAAGUGGAAGAAAUACCUGAUAUAGAUGAUAUACCAGAUAUGGAAAUGAUUGACGAGGGGGAAGGGUUGGAAGAUGAUAUCGUGGAUGAAGCGAAUGUUAGAAUCGUACAUCCAUCCGAAGCGGAUAUACAAUCUACUGCUAAACAGAAUUUACUUCAAGUGAGAACGUACGACAUUGCCAUUGCGUAUGAUAAGAGGUAUUCUACACCCAGACUCUGGUUGAGAGGAUGGGACGAGAAUAAGAAACCCUUAACUCCCGCUCAAAUAUUCCAAGAUGUCCCAUCCGAUCAUGCUUUCAAAACAGUCACAAUGGAAGCUUUCCCCCACUCUGGCGAACAGAUGGCAUCGGUACAUCCAUGUAAACAUGCGAGCGUCAUGAAGAAAUUUAUAGAUAGGAUGGAAUCUAAACAAGAGGAUUAUCCUGCUGCUGUUGCUAGCUCGUCGGGGGACAGUAAGAAGAAAUGGGGUAUAUCGGGUAUGGUCAGACGAGUCACCGGAACUGGUAGUGGAAGUGGGGCAAAGGAUGAUAAGAAGGUUUCUACUUCUGAUGGUGCCAAUGAGGAGGAUGAGGUGCCGAGAGGUGUACAGGUUGAUAUGUACAAUGUCAUUUUCCUUAAAUUGAUGAGUUCAAUCUUACCUUCUAUUGAGAUCGAUAGUACCACCUCGACUGCUUUAUAG